UUGCUCAAUUUUUUAUUUUAUCACAACCAACUAUCUGUCCUUUAAAUUUUUUAUUCGCUUUAAUAUGUGAUUAUUGUUGUCAGAGUAUUAUGAGAACAUUAUUGAUAACUUAAAAUUUUGUCACAAUUUGUAAAAAGUUCAAUUUUAGCAAAUAUACUUCAAUUAUGUUGAAAAGAAUUCUUUUUAGGCAAUUUACAAAUUGUACUAAAUGUAGAUAUCAGUAUUUUACAAAUUCAAGCUCGAACGAAGCAUUGAAAGAGGGCCCUCUUUCUGGCAUUCGUAUUCUUGAUAUGUCGCGUAUUUUAGCUGGUCCAUUUUGUACUAUGAUAUUGGGGGAUCUUGGUGCAGAAGUAAUCAAAAUUGAAAGUCCUUAUGGUGGGGAUGAAACACGAAGAUGGGGACCACCUUUCAUCAAUGGAGAAAGCAUUUACUUCAUUUGUGUGAAUAGAAAUAAAAAAAGUAUCGCAAUUGAUAUUAAGAAGCCGCAAGGAAAAGAGUUACUUAUGAAGCUUGCUACAGAAAGUGAUGUUUUGGUAGAAAAUUUUGUUCCUGGGAAACUCAACUCUUUAGGAUUAGGUUAUGAAUCUUUUAAAUCAGUGGCUCCUCAUUUAAUAUAUUGUUCAAUAACUGGAUUUGGACAAACAGGUCCAUAUGCAACCCGACCUGGACUUGAUGUCAUUGUUGCCUCUGUUGGUGGUCUGUUUCACAUCACUGGUCCAGAGGGUGGGCAGCCUUGCAAAGCAGGUGUGGCCGUGACUGAUUUGGCUACUGGGCUGUACGCUCAAGGUGCUAUUAUGGCUGCUUUAAUUCACAGGAUGAAAACCGGAAAUGGUCAAAAAAUCGAUUGUGAUCUUUUUUCUACUCAGGUUUCUUCAUUAGUGAACAUAGGCUCCAAUUAUCUCAAUUCUGGAGUAGAGGCAAAGCGCUGGGGAACGGCCCAUGAGAGUAUUGUCCCAUAUCAAGCUUUUGAAACAAGGGAUAGUUAUAUAACUAUAGGGGCUACCAGCAAUGACGGGUUCAAAAAGAUGUGUAAGCUUUUAACUAUUCCAGAAUUCUGUGCCGAUCCAAGAUUUUCAUCAAAUGAGGAAAGAGUGAAAAAUAGAAAAACUCUCAUAUCGAAAUUAUCAGAAAUCUUUUUAAAACACCCUACUGAAUAUUGGUUGAGAGUAUUUGAUGGCAGUGGUCUACCUUAUGGUCCUGUUAACAACAUGGAACAAGUGUUUAAUGAUCCUCAGGUUAUCCAUAAAAAAUUAGUAGUUGACUUGGAACAUUCAACUGCUGGUCCUAUAAAGGUAAUAGGCCCUGCUGUGACAUUUAGUGAAAGUAUCAAUAAAGUUAGAUCACCACCUCCAAUACUUGGUGAGCACACAGAUGCAGUCCUUUCAGAAGUGUUGUCUUGUUCUACACAAGAAAUAAGACAUUUAAGAGAGACCAAAACAGUCUGCUAAGUUAAAAAGAAAAAUUUCUUUCAAAAUUAAAUUUUCAAGAAGAAAACAAAAGCUGAAAAUUAUGAUAGAAUUGUUGGUUUCAAAAAAGAAAGUUUCCUAUGUGUCAAUAAUAUUUUUGUAUUCUAUAAAAA